AUGCGACGACGAUCUGUUGGGAGAAUUCAUUUGGGUCCGUGGGGUGGGAUUCGUCUGCGACACGGAUUGGGGCCAGAGCGGCUUGUGGUCCGGCUCGGAGCAAUCAGUAUUCCACAAGCGAAUCGGGCUUAUUCGACCAAGGCUUGGGUCAGGGUCAGCGGCGAGGCUGAGGGGGCUCCUUGUGGGGAUGACUUGGACAGUGAUUUGGAAACACGUCUAUGUGUCGAUCACGAAUUGCUGGGUCCAAAAUCCAGUGAACAAUACAUCAAGAAGGAGGAGGAAGGAUAUUCCCCAUCUUUGGAAAUGAGGGCCGGGAACAUGGGAGAUAUACAACAGAAAAUUACCACGAAUACAGGCGAACGAUUAGAGCGUGUAUUGAAGAGCAAUGCCUAA